AUGGCACGUACCAAGCAAACCGCAAGAAAAUCCACCGGAGGCAAAGCUCCAAGGAAGCAGCUCGCAACGAAAGCCGCCAGAAAAUCCGCCCCAGCCACCGGAGGAGUGAAGAAGCCACACAGAUUCCGUCCCGGAACCGUCGCCCUUCGUGAGAUCAGGAAGUACCAGAAGAGCACUGAGCUUCUGAUCCGCAAGCUUCCUUUCCAGCGUCUUGUCCGUGAGAUCGCUCAGGAUUUCAAAACCGAUCUGAGGUUCCAGAGCAGUGCUGUCGCAGCGUUACAAGAGGCUGCUGAAGCUUACCUCGUUGGGUUGUUCGAAGACACGAAUCUGUGUGCGAUUCACGCGAAGAGGGUUACGAUUAUGCCGAAAGAUAUUCAGCUCGCGAGGAGGAUUAGGGGAGAGAGAGCUUAAGAAGAGAAGGGUGGGGUAGGGAGACAGAUCAGCAGUGUACUUGUUUGGUCUUUUAUCGGAUCUGUAUAUCGUUUUUAUGUUAUGUUUUUCGAGUGUUGUAGUCUAUGUUUAGAGUUGUCGUUAACGUGUUCGAUGAAAUUUCUUAAUGAAUAUCAAAUCCACUGUUAUAUUUCAUCUUUUGAUCUUCUCUUGUUAGAAAAACAACUACAGCACAUGAAAUUCAGUUAUUCGUUUUUUUUAAUUACUUCAAAUGUGUAUU